GGGCCCAGGCCCGGGGCUGGAGCGGCGGGCGGGGCCAAGCUGAGGAAAGCCGUUCAGGGCUCCCCCAUCCCUGCGCGCUUCAGUGGUGUCGGCCGAGGGAAGGACUCGCGGCUGCGGGGCUCGCGCCGCUGUCAGUGCGGCGGGGCGCGCGAACGGCGCGGGCGCAAGGCGGGCACAGCCGAGAGAAGCUGAGGGAGCGGCGGCGGGGGCGACUCCCGCGCGUGUGCUCAGCUCCUCACGCCGCGGCCGGGGCCGCCUUCUUCCUCCUUCUCUCCUUCCCUUCCGCCCCCGAGUGCGGCGGCACCGCCUCCUUCUGCGCCGCGCGGCUUCCUCCAGACCUCUCGGCGCGGAUUGAACUGGAGCUCGGCCCUCUCCCUGGAGCCCUUCAAAGACUGGAGGAAAUUCUUUAAAAUCAUUGAUGAAGAGGAUGGGGGGAGAUGCUCUGCUUGCCUUUGCUUUCUCAUCUCCUUUCCAAGCUUCCAGAGCAUAUUAGGCCUCUGUAAAACCAAAGGCUGGAUUUACUUCUCGGUUCCCUCUCCCAGCCAGAAACUGCGUGAGCCUUGUUCCCAGAGGCAACUGGUGCUGACCCUGUGACCCAAAAGAGAAAAUUGUGGGCUGAGCUCAGCCUUGGUACUGGUGGCCACCAUGUCCUUGAAGAUCCAGACAAGCAAUGUAACCAACAAGAAUGACCCCAAGUCUAUCAAUUCUCGGGUCUUCAUCGGAAACCUCAACACAGCUGUGGUGAAGAAGUCGGAUGUGGAGACCAUCUUCUCCAAGUAUGGCCGCGUGGCCGGCUGUUCUGUGCACAAAGGCUACGCCUUUGUCCAGUACGCCAACGAGCGCCAUGCCCGGGCAGCUGUGCUGGGAGAGAACGGGCGGGUGCUGGCCGGGCAGACCCUGGAUAUCAACAUGGCUGGAGAGCCCAAGCCCAACAGACCUAAGGGGCUAAAGAGAGCAGCAUCUGCCAUAUACAGUGGCUACAGCUUUGACUAUGAUUACUACCGGGACGACUUCUACGACAGGCCAUGCUGCAGCCUCUGGCCCAUUUGCCCCUACAGGCUCUUCGACUAUCGGGGCCGCCUGUCACCUGUGCCAGUGCCCAGGGCAGUCCCUGUGAAGCGACCCCGGGUCACAGUCCCCUUGGUCCGGCGUGUCAAAACCACCAUACCUGUCAAGCUCUUUGCCCGCUCCACAGCCAUUACCGCCGGCUCAGCCAAGAUCAAGUUAAAGAGCAGUGAGCUGCAGACCAUCAAGACAGAGCUGACACAGAUCAAGUCCAACAUCGACGCUCUGCUGGGCCGCUUGGAGCAGAUUGCCGAGGAGCAGAAGGCCAACCCAGGUCAGCUCCCAGGGGUCCUCACCCAGCUCGAUGGCAAGAAGAAGGGCGACAGCAGCAGUGGCAGUGGCGGGGGCAGUAGUGGUGGCGGCAGCCGGCCGCCAGCCCCCCAAGAGGACACGGCUUCUGAGGCAGGCACGCCCCAGGGAGAAGCCCAGGCCCGGGACGACGGCGACGAGGAGGGGCUGCUGACGCACAGUGAGGAGGAGCUGGAGCACAGCCAGGACACAGACGUGGAGGAUGGGGCCUUGCAGUAAGCAGCCUGACAGGAACGAUGGCCACCGGCAGGAGAAGGGCGUGCACUGUACCAGGCCUAAAGCUGGGCACCUGCCCCUGGAGACUACUCCCAGCGGGUCCCAGGAGAGCCAGCCGCAGGCACCUCCUCCCGCACACAUCCCAGCCAGUGCCGCAUUCUCCGCAGGUGGAGUUAUUGGCCACCCCUCCCCUCACGCCCUCCCUGCUGGCACCGCCCAGGCCAGAGGGCAGCGCACAGAGGUUUCCCCACACUCUACCUCCCCUCCCAGGACACUCCCAGGCUUGGGGUUUUUCUAUAGGUUUGGAGAGGGGAGGGUACCCUGACAAUAAAGAGAUUGGAUCCCAA